UCAGCCACGAGUGGCUGCUCUUUUUUCUUUUUUUUUAUCCGACGAGUGUAUUUCUUUUUUUCGCAUCGGGAUCCCUGAGGUUGCUCCAGUCGUCUUCAUUGUGAGUCGGGGUGAUUUACGGCGGAGCAUUCGGUUGCACCAGAAUUUAUCAUUUUUUUUUUCUCUCUUCGGUGAGAGUUUACCCCAGCGCUCUGGGAUAUUCUCAUUUCGCGUUGUCCGUGGAGUGUGUUUACUGGGUCCGGGGGUGUUUAGGCCCUUUGGAGACUGGUAACUCGAGUUUUGAGGGUGAAAAAUAUUGAUAUCAAUUGUUCCUGGUGGAGUGCAUCUGUGGGACUCCGGGGAACGUCCGUCGAUUAAUCCGGAGUUUAUUUUUUCGUCGACGUGAAGAGAAUUCGACACUUACGUCAGCGGGAAUUCGUUUUAUGCAGUCGAAGAAGUACAAGGAUGCAAUGAGUGAUGAGAGCAGUGGGAGUGACUUCGAUGAUGAUGAGGAUCCUGAUAAAAUUGAGGUUCCUGGAGGGGGCAAGGAUCUGGCGACUGCUGCUGGUAUCAAGGAGGAGGGAGCUGGGGAUGGUGGGGUGGCCACGGUGAAGGUCGAGGGAAAUCCUGGGGGCAAUGUGAAAAUGGCUGGGAAAAUUCCGGGGGGUUUGGUCACCAAACCAGCGGCUCCUGGGUAUGAAAUGGUGAGGGUUGGAGGAUCCCAGGGUACUCCCCAGGGUUUUCCCAAUCAGGCACAGCUCAAUCAGAUGGCACAAUUUGGAGGGGCUCCUGGGGUACCACCUUUUGGAAAUUUUCCUGGAAAUCUAGGAUUCAAUGCUGCUGCACUAUUCCAGCAGACAAUGGGAAAUUUAAUGGGAAGCUUCAUGGGCAUGUCUGACAUGAACAUGGGGGCCAAUCCAUUCCUACAGCUCUUGAAUCAAAGUGGUCUUCAUCAAAAUUGGGCUGCAGGACUACCAGGAAAAGCGGUAUCCCAGCUGUGGGCGAAUUCGAUGGAUCCAACAAAAAUGAUGCAGCCAACAAUUCCCGAGGAAGACGAGGCCGACGACGAGGAGAUGGGUGUAGCAGAGACAUACGCCGAUUACAUGCCAACAAAAUUAAAACUAGGUCGCAAACACCCAGACCCAGUGGUAGAGACCGCCUCGCUGUCGAGCGUGGAGCCAACAGACGUCUGGUACAAAGUUUCCCUCCCUGAGGACACGAUAAAAUCAGGUGCCCUGUCAGCCCUGCAGCUGGAGUCAAUUACAUACGCCUCCCAGCAGCACGAGCACAUCCUCCCGGACGGCACGAGGGCGGGAUUUCUCAUCGGUGACGGAGCUGGAGUGGGCAAGGGCCGUACAAUUGCUGGUAUAAUCUUCGAGAAUUAUCAGAAGGGCCGAAAACGCGCAAUCUGGGUGUCAGUCUCCAACGACCUCAAGUACGACGCAGAAAGAGAUCUCAAAGAUAUUGGAGCUGGUAAAAUCGACGUUCACCCCUUGAAUAAAUUCAAAUACGCGAAAAUCUCGUCGGCUGUCAAUGGGAAUGUGAAAAAGGGAGUUAUCUUCAGCACAUACUCAGCCCUGAUCGGUGAGUCAACGCAGUCAGGGGGUAAAUACAAGAGCAGAUUGAAGCAAUUGCUCCAGUGGUGCGGAGAGGACUUCGAUGGUCUCAUAAUAUUCGACGAGUGCCACAGAGCAAAGAAUCUCUGCCCCACAGGCAGCUCCAAGCCCACAAAGACAGGAUUAACAGUCCUGGAGCUGCAGAACAAAUUACCAAAGGCUCGAGUGGUAUAUGCCAGUGCCACUGGAGCCUCAGAGCCCAGGAACAUGGCGUACAUGGUGCGUCUGGGAAUAUGGGGUGAGGGCACACCCUUCCCUGAGUUCAAUGACUUCAUCGCUGCUGUGGAGAAGCGAGGGGUUGGGGCUAUGGAGAUCGUCGCAAUGGACAUGAAAUUACGUGGAAUGUACAUCGCUCGACAGUUGAGUUUCCACGGUGUUGCUUUUAAAAUCGAGGAGGUACCACUGUCCAAGGACUUCACCAGGGUAUACGAUCACUCGGUGAGACUGUGGGUGGAUGCCAUGCAGAGGUUUCACGAAGCUGCUGAGCUCAUUGAUGCUGAGAACAGAAUGAAGAAGACGAUGUGGGGACAGUUCUGGUCGUCUCAUCAACGAUUUUUUAAAUAUCUCUGCAUUGCUGCCAAGGUGAAGCAUGCAGUUGCUGUUGCUCGUGAAGCUGUCAAGUGUGGUAAAUGCGUUGUCAUUGGUCUGCAGUCGACGGGUGAAGCGAGAACUCUGGAGCAACUGGAGCGUGACGACGGCGAACUCAGUGACUUUGUGUCAACAGCCAAGGGAGUCCUCCAGACACUCGUUGAGAAGCACUUCCCAGCCCCCGAUCGUAACAGAAUUCACAGACUCCUGGGACUCGAGCCUCCAAAGGCAUCUGUCAAUAAUAGCGCUUUAGCCACUGGCUCCAGCACUUCUCUUUGCGAUGAUAAUUCUGUGGUACUUCCUGGCGGUAGCAAGAGGAAACCCGUGAGACAGGCGGCCCAGAGGGCCUCCAAGAAAGUCAGGGCUUGGUCUUCGGAGGAGGAGAUCACUGACGAGGACAAAACCGAAGGCAAUGGCAAUGGCCACAGCUCGGGAUCAGAGUUCAAGCUGUCGGGUAGUGAGAGCGAGGAGGAGAAUAGAUCUGACGACGAGAGCAACGUCAGCUCGGAUUUCAAUCCCUUCUACAGCGACAGUGAUUCAGACGCUGACCCCUGGGACAGGCGGAAGAAAAAGCCCGGAAGGAAGCCGAAAAAACCAGCGAAGAAGAGACUCAGUACCCAGGAUAAAAUCCAAUCGAUGCUUGCUGAGAAAACAGCAGCAGCUGCUGCUGCCCAGAAGCACAGUAAAAAGAAUGGCGACUCUGGAAAUCUAGGACUCAAUGUUAAUACUAUUUCACCUGGGUUACACUACCCUGGUAUGAAAGCCAGCAACAGUGCACCACCACGAGACGCCAUCGAGCGCGCCUGCUGCAUGAAGGAGGAGCUUCUUGCGCAGAUUGAAGCCCUGGGUGAGAAACUGCCCCCCAACACUCUGGACCAGUUGAUAGAUGAACUCGGUGGGCCAGAGAAUGUUGCUGAAAUGACCGGGAGAAAGGGCAGAGUCGUACAGACUGAGGACGGAUCGAUUCAGUACGAGUCACGGUCUGAAGUAGAUGUUCCUCUUGAGACCCUCAAUUUGACUGAGAAACAACGGUUUAUGGAUGGCGAGAAAACCGUUGCUAUUAUCUCCGAGGCUGCAAGCAGUGGAAUAUCUCUGCAGAGUGAUAGACGCGCACGUAAUCAGAUGCGCAGGGUCCACAUUACUCUGGAAUUGCCCUGGAGUGCUGACAGGGCUAUCCAGCAGUUUGGAAGAACACAUCGGUCGAAUCAAGUCAAUGCACCUGAGUACAUAUUUUUGAUAUCGGAUUUGGCUGGGGAGAGGCGCUUUGCCUCGACUGUGGCCAAAAGACUCGAGAGUCUCGGUGCCCUGACCCAUGGGGACAGACGUGCCACGGAGACCAGGGACUUGUCACAAUUUAAUAUUGAUAAUAAAUAUGGGAGAGCUGCAUUGGAGGCCACCAUGAAGACUAUUAUGGGGUAUGAGCCACCUCUGGUGCCCCCUCCUCAGGAUUAUCGUGGAGAUUUCUUCAAGGACGUGGCUGAUGCUCUGGUGGGCGUUGGCCUCAUCUGCAACAGUGAGAAUAUGCCUGGAGUACUCUCAUUGGAUAAGGAUUACAAUAAUAUGUCCAAGUUUUUGAAUAGAAUACUCGGAAUGCCAGUGGAUCUUCAGAAUCGUCUCUUCAAGUACUUCACUGAUACUCUGGCUGCUAUUGUAACGCAGGCCAAGAAGACCGGAAGGUUUGACAUGGGUAUCCUCGACCUGGGAACAUCGGGGGAGAACGUUAAGAGAGUCAAGACCUUCCGAUUCGUGAGGAAACACUCGACUGGAACUGCUCCCACUGAGCUCCAUGUCGUUCAUGUAGAGAGGGGUAUGGCAUGGGCUGAAGCCACCGACAAGUGGGCUGAACUCGUUGGCUCCAAGGAGGGUUUCUAUCUCAGUCAUCAGGUGAGAAAUGGCAAACAGACUGCCAUUCUCGCUGUGGCUGUUGAAAAUGGCAAGAAAAAGGGCGAAGGUAAGAAGGAUCAGCUCUACAUGGUCUACAGACCCAACACUGGGCUACAGCUCAGGCAGGAAACACUCGGUGAACUCGAGAAAAAAUACAAGAAGGUCUCGUCUGAUGAGGCUGAGCCACACUGGACCCAGCAGUUUGAGGCAUCUGUCGAUACUUGCUCGCAUGCUUAUUGGAGGGGCAAUUGCAAAAAUGUCACACUUGGAAUGGACUGCGAAGUUGGACUACGGAGACGAUCCUACAAUGUUCUCGCUGGCUCUGUACUCAGUGUAUGGAGUAGAGUUGAAUCUAUACUUGCUGCACGUUCUGGUCAUAAUUCUAAAAUGCAAGUUAUACGGCUGAGGACUGAUGAUGGCUUGAAAGUGGUGGGUACACUAAUUCCAAAAGCCUGCAUGGAGGCACUACGUCAAGCACUGUCGUCCGACGCUGAGAAAACUGAGGAGCAGAGUUUUUAAUGAAUUCCUGUCUCUGAUGGAAUGCCAAUUUCAAUUACUAAAUUAAGUUAUUAAAUCGAAUUAUUUUGUCCACACGAAGUAACACGGAACGAAAAACAAUUGUGGAAUUUGUAUGAAUGAAUAAUUUUUUAGUUCUCCGCAUUGUUCUACUUAUGGGAAUUUCAACGUGAAGGAGAAAUUCAUUGGGAGUGUUAGUGAUAACUUCUUUGAGAACGAGUGAGGGAAAGAUAAAUGGAUGGGAAAAAAAAACUACCGAUUCAAUUCGAUGACAUGACGAGGAAUAAUAAUCGCGCGUUGCUUCCCGUGAUAGAUUAAGUAGUUAGAGGCCCUUGGAACUUUAUUUUUAUUUCUCUUCGGAAGACGCUCACACCAGCGCGCGCGACUGGUAUUCGUAAGUUCGUUUUAUACAUAAUUAUGUGGAGUGGUGGACUCUCUGGAGGGAGAGAAAGAUGCAGCAAUUUUUAUGAUUUCUUUAAUCCAUUUAUGUGCGCAAUAGCAGUGAUAUUUUUGACGUACUCAUUGAAUAUUAAAAAUUACGUAGUCACAUUGGCGGGGGAAGAAAUUAUUUUUUUUUUUAAUUGAAAACUAUUUUAUAAUGAAUAUCUCACUCAUUGGAGUAACGAUAAUUAACAGUCUUAAGUAUUAUCAGUGCUGAAUAAUUAUCGCUGGGAUUUAAUCGCCGUAUCGAACCUCGUCUUUUUGUUUGUGUAGAUGAACCCGGUGGGCACUUAAUGGUAUAUUUGUUGUAACAAAUUGUCAUACUGUAAGAACUGUAGCAAUCUCCCUAUUAGCAAUAUGAGUGAACGACUUUUGGCUUAACGCUCAAUUCGAUCCUACAAUUUGUAUUCAAGGACAUAAAUCAAUUAAAGAGGAGCUGAAAAAUUGUGUAAAUGCAUUAUAUGUGGUAGAGAGGCGUAAGUUGAGUGAUUUUAUGGAGAAUUUUGAUUUUCUGGUAGUGGGAUGAUUGCAUCGUACAACAGAUUAAAGUCAAAAGCUUAUUACGCGAGAAUUCAAUGAAAUUCUUGAGUCUAUGAAUAUUCGUAUGACAUCUGAGUGGGCAAAAUGAUUUGAAAAACCCCAUCGCGCUUUUAUUCCGCUGAUUUUUUAAAUUCCUGUUGUGAAAAUAAAGUGUUGCUGAUGCAAUCAGCCUCGGUGAAUAAUCUAUCGGUCCUGCGAGAUGAUGAAGCUGUAACUUCUGUAUACGAAAUCUAAAACAUGAAAAUUUGUUAAUGAAAAAUGCUGGCAACUUGGUUCAUGAAAAUACGCACUGCAAGAGGUAGAACAUAUCUGAUUAGCGUAGGCGAAUGUUUCCAUGAGAAAUUUGUCCUGAGACGAUUGAUUAUUUUUUCGGGGUUUCAAAUCUUCAAAUAUUGAGGAUUGACUUUAUGAUUCUGCGCCCAAUUGCCAAAGCUUCUUAUCAGCACAUUGUCUAUGUUACUGACAAUAAUGCUAAUGAAUAAAGUAAGAGAAUUUCGGAUAUUCUGUUGAGAUAAAUUUUUUUGCCUAGACCUGACGAUGAAUAGGGCGAGAGUAUUUCCAAUUUUGAAGAUAUGAAACAAGUGGUUGGAUGGAAAUUUUGAGGGGGAGAUCAGCGUCUGGAGGAAAACAGUUCAGAAACGGUUGAAAGAUACUUUAAUUUAUUACCUAAUAGACGUAAGAAAUUCAUGGUUUGUGUAUUCAUUACACGACUGUAUCUAAAUACAGAUUCCUGGAACAUCAGUCACCCACAUCUCUAGCAGAACAUUAUGUUAUACAUAUAUAUAUGUAUGUAUGGAUAUGUGUAUAUACAUGUAUAAAUGUAUCAGUUUCCGUAUUGAGUAAUAUACUAGCUGCAACCCUA